UAGACUGGUUUAAACUAUAUUUCAAUGAUCAUUUAUUUUUAAAUCUUAAUAAAGUUGAACACAAUUCAGUACUUUUAUGAAGUUCUUGUUUUAUGUGUAAAUUAAAUUAAUGCGUAAUUUCAAGCGUUGACAAAAUGGAUUUGAAUGUGUUUUAAUUGUGCUUCAUUUAUAACUUCAUCAUGGAGAUUUGGUAUAAUGUGUUGGUUCUUUGUCUGAUAUUUGUGCAAGCUCGAGUUGUUUGUGGACAGUGGGGAAAGUGUUGGUACUGUGGCUGCUGUGCAGACGGUCAAGAUCCGAUAUGUACUUACAAUUAUUGCCAGCAUGGUUGUAUUAAUGGACAAUCCGGAAGCUAUUGCGAUAGAAAAUGCUCUUCCGAACACUGCGUUAAAUGUCAUCGAUCAGAUGUAAAUUACUGUUUAGAAUGUAACUCGGGAUUCUAUGGAUCUAGGUGUGAAUACUGUGGAACAAACUGUGCAGACUGCAUGCAAACCGGAUGUCAAUCAUGCGUUGACGGAUAUUGGGGACAAACGUGUUAUAAAAAAUGUAGGGAGCAUUGUUUGACAUGUCAAAAACGGAACGGUGCAUGUAUCUCAUGCAAACCCGGAUACCAUGGCCAUUGGUGCGAUAGUCGUUGCGGCGACCGGUGUUUGAAAUGUGACAAAUUGAAUGGUAACUGUAUUGCUUGCGAAAAUGAAUUCUGGGGAGAUACAUGCAUUGCGUGUGGUAAUAAUUGUAAAAUAUGUAAUCAGUCACAUGGAUGUUUGGAAUGUAAUGUUGGUUUCUAUGGAAAAACUUGUGACACAUAUUGUGGUCUUCAUUGUCAAAUGUGUGACAUAUCAUAUAAUUGUUCAGAAUGCCGUCCUGGAUACUACAAAUAUAAUAAUAAUUGUGAAGAAUGUCAACUUAAACAAAACGGAUGCACAUGCACAAGCGGUGUACAAUGCAGUGGAUGUGUAGAUGGGUAUUUUCUUAACGAUCAAUUUUGUUCGAAAUGUCCUGAUCACUGUACUACAUGUAAAAAGUCUUCAUCCAGUUCCAGUUUAUGCUUUUCCUGUACUUCCGGAUGGUUUGGACAGACCUGUCAAUAUUGGUGCUCUGAUUAUUGCACAAACGGGAUUUGUGAUGAAAACAAUGCUGUAUGCCGUUGCUCGCAAAACUAUAAAGGUGAAACCUGUGAUCAGUGUGCAGAUGGAAGAUUUGGAGAGAUAUGUGAGCAUAACUGUUCACUUGGAUGCGAAUCGGGUAAUUGCACGAGGGAAAUUGGCUUUUGUUUAUGCAAAUCAGGAUGGAGCGGUCAAAGAUGCGAUACAUGUACGAAUGACUACUUUGGCGACAAUUGUGAUUUCAAGUGUGAACCAAAUUGUGUAUCAUGUAAUGGACACUUUGACUGUCAAUCCUGUAUGGCAGGGAAAUAUGGAACCGUAUGCCAAUUAACAUGCCCAAAAGGUUGCUUAGAGGAUAUCUGUGACAUAUCAGAUGGAUCUUGCCAUAGCUGCAAGGACGGGUAUUUUGGAACACAUUGUAACAAUACUUGUCCUCAAAAGUGUCAAACCUGUGACGUCAAUGGACAGUGUUUAACAUGUAAAUCAGGAUCUUUAAGUUUGCAAAGUCAAUGCAACUGUCGGAUAGAUAUGUGCGUCAAUGAACAAGUUUGCAACUCGUGCAAAAAUUCAUCAUUCUUUGUUGAUAGUGGUGAGUGUUGCCCGUGUGAUAUAGCUGAGUGCCUGUCAUGUGCAAAGAUCAAUGAUUCCGUUAUCUGUAGAAUAUGCAAUGGUGGGUUCUUUUCAAGCAAACGCGGACGAUGCUUAAAGUGUUAUUCAAUCUGUAACGAGCAUGCCUGCAAUUCGAGUACGGGCAAAUGUCAACGGGGAUGCACUGAUGGAUAUUGGAGCGAUACCUGUGAAGAAGAUUGUGAUCCUGAGUGCAAAAGCUGUCGGCAAGUGGACGGAUUGUGCACAACAUGCAUGGACAGUACCAAGCAUGGGUCUCAUUGCAAUUUAGCUUGUUCAGCUACAUGUAUGAAUUCCGUUUGUGACAUUGAUGGAUAUUGUUCAAAUGGAUGCAUUUUAAAUACAUUCGGAAAGCAAUGUGAAAAUGCAUGUGAUGCGCAUUGUAUAUCAAAUAGGGAUAGCACGGUUUGUUCUGAACAGACAGGUAUGUGUUUGAUCGGCUGCGACCCCGGAUAUAGAGGAGAAGUCUGUCCAGAAGCUUAUUCUACCAAUAAAGUAAUUGAGACAAAAACAGAAAAGCAAACAACAACUCCAUCAAUUGCUACGCUGGGUGGAGGUAUUGGAGGAGGGAUAGUGGCACUUUCUGCCAUUGUUAUUCUUGCACUGUUUUUGCAUCGCAGAAAAGGCAAUUUCUCCAAUAAAAUUGAAACACCCGAAAAGGAACCCGAGAACAUAGCUACAUUGUAUGCAACGGUGAACAAAGGAAGAUUUUACCGAGCUGAGUACGCUAAUGGGGAUACCGACAAUUUGCACUCUGUCACCAUCAUAGAUAACCACAAUAACCAAAGCCCACCACCAACAUGCUCUGACAAGGAAAGAGCGCCUAUCUUGACAGAAGAUAAUCUUGAAAUUGAUGAAAAUGAUGCUUCUGCAGGGAAAACUGCAGGAAUAUUUGAGGAUAAUUGUGGUGUUUAUUACAACAACGCCAAAGAAGUUAGAAAACUCAAAGUGAUGGUGGCCGAUUUACCUGAACAUGUACAAAACAUAUGUAAAAAGGAUCUAGAAAAAGAAUUUCAGAAACUACCUUACGGUCUCGUGAAACCGUAUGAAGUUUCACAAACGAAGCUUAACAUGCACAGAAACAGAUACAAAGGAAUAUAUCCGUAUGAUGAUACGCGUGUUGUAGUACGCGGUGACGACGGAGAUUACAUCAAUGCAAGCUAUAUAGACGGUUUCAGGAAACGAAAUGCAUAUAUAGCUGCUAUGGGUCCAAUGGCUAAGCAGCUUGGCGAUUUUGGCCAAUUCUGGCGAAUGGUAUGGCAACAUGAAGUAGAGAAGAUUGCCAUGGUAACCAACUUGCUUGAGGAUGAGAAAACUAAAUGCAAUCAAUACUGGCCUGAUCGUGGUCAAAGUAAAAUAUAUGGCGAUAUAGAAGUUUCGUGCAAGGUUGAAGCACUGUAUGCAGAUUUUAUUUGGAGACAGUUUACGUUAUCCAAGAAUUCCGAAGAAAGAAAUCUACAUCAUCUUCUGUUCACAAGCUGGCCGGACAAAGACAUCCCUGAUGACGUCACGUCAAUUAUAGAGUUUAGACAGAGGGUGAACGCAUUGCCAAGUACCUUUGAUGGACCAAUAAUUGUGCAUUGCAGCGCUGGAGUAGGAAGAACGGGAACAUACAUAGCUUUGGACAUUCUGACUAACGAGGGUGAAGCAGAAGGAGCUAUAGAUAUCCCGGGAUGUGUUAUCAACAUGAGACAGAACAGGCCCAACAUGAUUCAGACUUUGAGUCAAUACAAGUACCUUCACCAAGCUUUGGUCCAUUCAUUGACUCUUGAUUGCUCGUUGAUAAAGAGAGAACACUUCCAUGCAUAUAUGGAGAAAUCCAGCAAACAGGAGAUACAGAAGCAGUUUGAGAAACUACAACUGACACAUGAACAAAAGUCGGAGAGGGAACUACAAGCUACCGAAAGGAAUCGGGUUCUGACAAACAUGAACAGGAAACACGCGGAUAUACCAGGUGAUUCCAACAGACCACGUCUUUAUAAGUUUUUGAAACCAGGCGAAUCUGAUUACAUCAAUGCGAUAUACAUCAACAGUUUCAGAACAAGAAAUCGCUUUUUGGUUGCGCAAACACCCCUGCUUGACACAGUUACCGAUUUCAUCGCGCUUGCUGUUCAAGAAAACUGUCCAUGUAUAGUUAGUAUGGAGUCACACUUGGAAAAACAGAUGGGGGUUGGCGUAUACUUUCCUGGUGACAAUCAAGUAAUGAAUAAGGGCAUGGUUUCCGUGAGAUCUGCCACAUAUCAACGUGGAAGACACUUUGUAAAAAGAAUGCUGCAUUUUGAACACGAAGGAAAAACUAAGAUAAAUGAAACAAUUCCACACUAUGAAUAUUUGGACUGGGAUGCAAAACAAAAUGUUCCUAAGACCGCAGAACACUAUGUUGCGUUCAUCAAAGAGGUUGAAUACGUAUCCAAAUCAUCGGACUUGAAGGGACCGAUACUAGUGCAUUGCCUGAAUGGUGCUGGAAAGAGUGGCCUCUUUUGUGUUGUUUUGACGCUACUUGAAAAACUGAGUGAAGAUAAUGACGUCAGUGUAGUCAAUGCGGUGCAGAAAGUCAGAGCGAGAAGAGCGCUCGCUGUUCCAAAUAAGGAACAGUUUUACUUCUGCUACGAGUGUGUUCUCCAUUCCGUGAACGAAACAGAUAACGCUGUGUAUUACAACAUAAGUGGGGAUAUCCAGAGGGAAUGAAUACGGUAGGCCAAGGCUGAUACUUCUGACUGUGGAACUAUGACAGCCUCUGUGCUGCAAUGACAUUGAACCGUUCAUUUUUGCAUAACAGUUAUCAAAUAAUUCACAGGACACUAGUAUUUCUUUUGAGAUUAUAAACAUUUCAUUGUAAAUAUCGUCACGUGGUAGCGUUUUGGCUUUAGACUUGUUUUUGACCUUUCUACCAUAUUGGGGAACAACAGAUUCCUGUUUUAAGUUGAAAUAUUUCUUAUUACAGUUUCCAAUAGGCAAGUUUCAAUAUGCAAGGUUAUUAUGAACCAUAUUGCCGUUGAUAAGUUGUUGUUUAGCUCUCCACAAUAUCACUUUUUAAAUUAUCAUGUUUUGUACUAAAUGUAUUCCAUUGUUUUUGUAUACGAGCCUCUGCACUAUAAACCCUUUACUAAAUGUAUUAGGAACCUGUACAAAUCAAAUACACAUAUUUUGUUAAUAUAGCUUUACUUAUGGAGCAUGUGUUUGUGUUAUGGGUGUUGAACAGUUUGCAAUAGGCAAAUUUUAAUAUGGCAGCUUAUUGUGAAUGAUAUUGCCGUUGAUAAGUUGUUGUUUAGCAAAUGACGCCGAACCAUCUUGACAUACAUAUUCAUUAUUGUUAAACACCAAUGGAGAUGUUCACUAGUCACGUGAAACCAUUACACAAACAAAUGUACGUGGACUUGAAUUUGUCCAGAAGAUAAUUAUCGAGGGCAGCCUUGCACGUUGAUUGACUGUAUUGAGGUUUGAUCCCGUUUUGGAAAGAAACAAUGAUAUGUCAAUAUAAUACAAUACUUGAGUUGGAAACAAUGAGGGAUGAUGGUCUUUUAAUGGAGCAAAGUAGAUAUGUUAUCCUGUCUGUGAAAAUUCUCGGAUUACAGUCUAUGGCUCACUAGUCUGUAAUGGUUUUAUAUGUGACAUUAAAUCGUGGUGGAAACGUAGAAUAAUGAUGCUUCGCUCUCUUUGUGUAUAAUUGCAAUCGUGUUUUCUGUUCACUUACUAUUUCUUAUAUAUUGUUUUUAUAAAGGCACUCUGCAAUAUUCCUUUUAAAACUAUCAUGUUUUGUACUAUAUGUAUUCCAUUGUUUUUGUAUUCGAGCCACUGUAAUAUAAACCCUUUAAUAAAGAAUAACUGUACUAGGAACUUGUAACAAACGAAUAAACGUUUCUUGUAAUUAUAGCUUAAUUAAUGGAGCAUGUGUAUGUGUUAUUGGAGUUUGUAAGUAGAGGUGAAACACUUUCACUUAAAUUUGCAUUGUACCAGCUAAUUUGCAUGAAAUGAAACACUGUCAUGACAAACUCGUGCAUUUAAUAGUUGAUUGAAGGAAACAUGAUGAUAUGGAAUACAAAUGACACUGUUUAUUCACACUGUUAUGAAAUACUCGCACAUUUAACUGUUUAGUGAUGGAUGGCUCUGUGCCUAUAGUAAAAUAACAUUCAUAUUCAUAGGCACAUUCAUUCUGAUGAUUUGUCCAUUUGUUUAAUAAUUUAAUUGAUUUUAUUUACGAACAGUUCUUUCUUAAUAAUUUGAUCAUGGGCCAUUUGUUCUUAAUUGAAUAUGUAUCUCAUAGAUUAUGUACUUAGAAAAGUAAAUUGAAAUAUACAGUUACAGUUGUUAACAUUGUGAUAAAGAUAAACCUAUUUAUAAAUAUGCCCUGCCAUACAUAUAUAUAAAAGCCAUUGUAUUAUAAUACUUUGAUCAAGUGUCAUAUUUGCCUAUUUCAAAUAUGUAGUGUGUUGUAUAUUGCUUUUGAAUAAACUUUUUCUUCUUU